AUGAAAUCACUUGCUAAUGAUGGUGAUAAAAAUCACAAACAAUCUAGUUCAUUGGAAAUUGAUGAAAUUAAGUUUAUAUUAAAUUCACCUACUACAGCUGUUGAUAAUCCAAAAGGUGGUGAUGCAAAAAGAUUAAAAAUAUCUUGGCUUAAAGAAUUAGAUAAUGAUGGUAUGUUGCUUGAAUUGUCUAAAGAAAAAAACUAUAUGGGAGGAAUUAAAGAUCCUUAUACAGAAUCAGGAAGUAGUUUAAUACCACCUGAUAUUUCAGAAAAUGUUUAUACUCUAGUUGCAGAUAUUCAGAAAUAUUUAUCUAAAUGUUCAAACAAUGUUGUUGAUGAUUAUUUUUUCAUUUCAAUAAAUACUUCUAAGAAAGAUUUUAAAGGUCAUUGUAUCACUAAUCAUUCUAUGCGAUCUAUGGGUAUUCACAAUCUUGUAGAAUUGGGCGUUAUAUUGGAUGGACAAAUGAUCUUUUCUCGACACAAAACUAUUGCUAGAGUUUCAGCUUAUCAGCAUCAAUUAUUAAAACGUAAACGAGAUAAUGUUUCUUUUUUAAUUCUGAUUGAAGAAGCAGCAUUAAAGGAUUCAACUUCUAGUUAUAUUAACAAAGGAUUUUUCAAGGCAUCCAAUUUACUUUCAAAUGAAUUUAAUAAAAUUGAUUCUGAAGCUAAUGCUAAUAAUGAACUCAAAACUAACGUUGAUAAUAAAUCUGAAACUAAAACUAAUAAUGAGGUCAAUUCUGAUAUGAAAUGUAAAAAA